CCAACCAGCAGAAAACCGGUCUUGCGGUUCCACCAAAAUAUGGAACUUGAUUUUGGACAUUUUGAUGAAAGAGACAAAACAUCCCGGAACAUGCGAGGCUCUCGGAUGAAUGGGCUGCCGAGUCCCACUCAUAGCGCCCAUUGUAGUUUCUACCGAACCCGAACCUUGCAGGCAUUGAGUAACGAGAAGAAAGCCAAGAAGGUACGUUUCUACCGCAAUGGGGACCGCUACUUCAAGGGGAUUGUGUAUGCUGUGUCCUCUGACCGUUUUCGCAGCUUCGACGCUUUGCUGGCUGACCUGACUCGAUCUUUGUCCGACAACAUCAACCUUCCUCAGGGAGUACGCUACAUUUACACCAUCGAUGGAUCCAGGAAAAUCGGGAGCAUGGAUGAACUGGAGGAAGGGGAAAGCUAUGUCUGUUCCUCAGAUAACUUCUUUAAAAAGGUGGAGUACACCAAGAAUGUCAAUCCCAACUGGUCCGUUAAUGUGAAGACAUCUGCCAACAUGAAAGCCCCCCAGUCUCUGGCCAGCAGCAACAGUGCCCAGGCCAGGGAAAACAAGGACUUUGUGCGACCCAAGCUGGUCACCAUCAUCCGCAGUGGAGUCAAGCCUCGCAAGGCUGUCCGAGUGCUUCUGAACAAGAAAACAGCCCACUCAUUUGAGCAAGUCCUCACUGACAUCACCGAAGCCAUCAAAUUGGAGACUGGGGUUGUUAAGAAGCUCUACACACUGGAUGGAAAACAGGUAACUUGUCUUCAUGAUUUCUUUGGCGAUGAUGAUGUGUUUAUUGCUUGUGGUCCUGAGAAAUUUCGCUAUGCUCAAGAUGACUUUUCUCUGGAUGAAAAUGAAUGCCGAGUCAUGAAAGGAAACCCAUCAACUGCGGCCGGACCAAAGGCGUCCCCAACACCCCAGAAGAGUUCAGCUAAGAGUCCUGGACCCAUGCGCAGGAGCAAGUCCCCUGCUGACUCAGGUAACGACCAAGACGCAAAUGGAACCUCUAGCAGCCAGCUCUCUACCCCGAAGUCUAAACAGUCUCCCAUCUCUACACCUACCAGUCCUGGGAGCCUCCGGAAGCACAAGGAUCUCUACCUGCCUCUCUCCUUGGAUGACUCAGACUCACUCGGUGACUCCAUGUGAUGGAAGAGCAGUCAGAGUCCAGAGUCCAAAUUCAAGCGUACAGUUCCAAUAGGGUAUUUCUGCUCAAGUGUCCAACUGGGCUAUUGGUGCUUUCAACUUUUUUGAUUUUUGUUCUCGUUGUUUUUGAACAAACACACUGUACUAUGUUGGAUUUAUUUUCCUGUGAUUUCUCCUCUGGGCCACUGAUCCACAAUUCCUAAUUCGAAGAGAUAGAUUGAUAACCAAACGUCGGGCUCACUUUUCAUGGAGGCAAAUUGUGUUUCAUCCUGAACUUUCGAUUGAAUAGUUAGGUGCCUGCAUUGUUUCCCCAUGUCACUUUGCUCAGCCCAACAGUCUUCCUUCCGUUGGAGGUUCUUUUCUACACAAUGCCCUUCAAAUGUUUGUAGGGUGGGGGAGGUAAGCUCCACUGGCAAACCCUGCAGUCACAAAUACAAUUGCCCCUUGUCUCCUGAUCUCAAGAAUGCUGGAGAAUCCUGGUUGAAGAGCAAGGCAGCUCCCCAGUCUUGCUCUUCUUUCCUGAUUAUAAGCAACUUUUUCCUAGCACUGAUUCUGGUGUCAAGGGAGAGGGGCAGUGGGGGAAACACCAGCAAUUUGUAAUUCUGACACCAGAUGCUUGUGAUUUCAGUGUAUGGCCAAUCAUUGAGAGCGGGCAGAAUUGGGAAAUAAUGUAGACAUUUAAGUAGCAUUAAUAAAGCACAGUGAAUUCCUUGUCAACCUCUCCACGAGGGAAUCUUGGAAUUAAUAAGCAAUUAAUAAAAUGUGGGCGUGAGGGAGUUCAGAUUCCUCGCUGAGCCUGUUUAACAUAGCAAGAUAUUACAGAAACUGUAUGGUAUCCAUCUAUCUCUGUUCUAUUGAAUGCCUUGUAAACUGCCAACACUGAAAAUACUGUGAGAAUUUGUUUUCAGGUAUGACACCUUUCAGUCGAUUUUUAUAGCAAGAAACCAAUAUCCUUUUUAUAAAAACUCUUGUCUGUAUUUCAGGAGCAAACUCUUCGGGCUCCUUUUUUUUAUAAACUGGUGACUUUUCUUUUGUCUAAAAAAACACAUGCAGAAAAUUUACUAAAAAAAGCAGAACACUAUGUAGUUUAAAAAUCAUGUAAUGACUGCCAAAUAGAAACUUCCAGGA